AUGAUUGAUAGGCGCACAAAUCACAUAGUCCCAGUGAGUUCUGUGACCAUCAGUUCUAUAACUGCUACGGCUACAGACAUUGCUUCGAUAUCACCCACAAUCUCUUCAGACAGCAUAAUCCCUUCCAACCGUCCGCAGCCUUUUGGCUCUUCAAUUUCUGGUGAUUUCGGAACAAAAACAACUUUGGGCCUACCGGUGAACAGUAUACAGCUUGUCUUUGGACCCACCACUCCCACUGCGACCGCCACACCUACCGAAGAUCCUACCUCUGAAUCCCACUUUGGACCAGUGGCAAUUGCAUUGGUUGCUUUGGGAGUGCUGUUAGGCCUUAUAGGACUGUUAGCCAUAGUCUUAGUGUUGAAAGUCGGAAAAGGUCGCCGUCGAGACGCACUUGACUUUGGAAAUGGAUCAUCAAACAAACCACCUUUCUUGGACCCAGCAUCAUUGUGUGAAACUCCUGAUGAGUUGCAGGCUAAAAAACAUCACCUUCGACCAUCCACAUCACGCCGUGGCUCUUACUUCUCCAACUCCCAUAGAGUUUCCUCGGUCAUCUCAAGCCCAGCCCAAUCGUUUGAUAUCAUGCGAGUUUCGGCUCGCUACGUUCUCGAACCACGCAGGUCAACCCGGAUCACUUUAACCAAAGAUGGUCAUUCAUUCGAACCCCCAUAUCGACUUUCAAGUGAUACUUGCAUGGUUUUGGAUCCAUUAAUGAUGCAGAAUCUGCGUGAUCCACCAACCCCCUCUAAGCAUCUAUCUUUCACGUCAAAUGAACAUCCCCUACCUGACAUAACGGCACAUAACUCACCAGUAAGGCAUUCUAACCUACCAUUACCUCGGCCUAAGCCAGCCAUCUUGAAAAAUACGAGUAGAGAUAGUCAUCAUUCGAUGCCCGACAUGUCCCUUGCUUCUGGACAAACAGUCUUCGGAAUAUCUCAAGACCUUCCAAGUCCAUCUUCUGAACGUUCCCGAGAUACUAGGGCCCAAUCAAAAGGUGUGUUGAUACCCUCAGACUUUUCCACCCAUUACGAUUCUGUAGUCAAGCCAGUCAAAGAAAAAAACAGUACUUGCUAA